CGCUUGCAUUCGGUUAACGGUACGUCUUCGUGAGGUUUCGAUCGUCGGUAUUCCCGUCGCUGCGCAUGCGAAGGAGAGUCCGCAACGCAUAGAAAAGUAGCAACAAGAACAUCUUCGGAGAGGAGAGAAAAAUGUGCAAGCAAACAAACAAAAAUCGAGUGCGAAUGGAGAAAUGCAAGUGCAAAUAAUGGAACAGAUUUUUUCGAGCGUACAAACAAUGUAUUUGGCUUUGCGCGUCGCCAGCAGUAUUUGUUCAAAAUUUUGACUCGGUCUUGGUCGAUUGCAAUCGCUCAUCGCUUGCGCAAUUCCCUUACCCACCAACUACUACUACUUACCACUCCCCUCGGAGCCGCUAAGAAAACGCCGACUUUACAGCAUUAUCGAUUCGUUGGUGCAACCCAAAAAUCAGCCACCGCCACCGUCGACGCUUAUCACAGAAAGUGCCUUACUUUGUAAGACCCAACUGAAUUAUUGCCGAUACGAAUACCAAGGAAACGCUGAAACUCUUACCCAAAACAAACAGGGGAGCGUCCCGUCCCGUCCAUUAGCACAUACUCGAAGAAAUCUCUCGGGUCGCGAGGAUUAUUCAAAUAUUUGUAUCGCACUGUGCUAGUACGUUUGUGUGUGUCUGCCGCUGAUAAGAUGACCACCAAGUCGGUGUCCAGGUGCAAUAGAGCCAUAAAUUGAGGCCACGUUUAAGCUCACUCCCAGUGCUCCCCCAUUAGAUAAACCCUCCGAUACCAUACCCCCUCCUGAUAACACCGCAGCCUCAGAAUGAGCAGCCUGCGUCCGGGCAGCGUUUGCGACACAACGCCGCUGCAGCGCUUCGAGAGCCAGAGCAGCAGCGGGGAGGAGCCAUCGUCACCAACGGCAGCCAGCAUCAUAGCCGCCGCCGCUGCCGCUGCAGCCGCAUCUUCGGCCACACCGACAUCGACAUCCAAUCCCCACAAUCUCAACAACAACAACAAUGUAAAACUUGAUUUACAGCUGCCGACAUUCGUUGGAAGCUCGGGCCCAGGCCUGGGAAGUGGACUGGUAACCGGACCAGGAUCCAUUGUCCCCGGCAAGAGGCCGCUGCGAGGUCCGAAGAAGAUUCUUGGACGUAUUCUGCUGGACUUGUGUAUGCUUAGCUGCGUGGGUCUGCCUAUGCUGGGCUUUUCCUUGUGGGGCGAGCCCUUCAAGCGCGGCUUCUUCUGCAACGACACGUCCCUGAAGCAUCCCUACAAGCACUCCACCAUACGCAGCUGGAUGCUGUACCUCAUGUGUGGCGCUCUGCCCGUGGUUCUGAUUAUCCUCGUGGAGUUCUUCAGGGGGCAGGACAAGCGUUUGCAUGGCACUUAUAAGAGCCAGAAGACCAGGACUGGCAGUGGCUAUCAUCUCUGUCAUCUGGAAUUGCCCUAUUGGCUGCUGGAGUGCUACCGCAAGAUUGGCAUCUUCAUAUUUGGCCUCGGCGUCGAGCAAUUGACUGCGAAUAUAGCCAAGUAUGCCAUUGGAAGGCUGCGACCGCACUUUUUCACUCUCUGUCAGCCCGUUCUCUGGGAUGGGAGCAAUUGCAGCCAUCCGAUGAAUGCCGGCCGUUACAUCGAAGAGUUCACCUGUGGGGCAGCGGACAUGAAUGCCAAGAGGAUCAAGGAUAUGAGUCUAUCGUUCCCCAGCGGGCAUGCCAGUUUCGCAUUCUAUGCCAUGCUCUAUACAGCAAUCUACUUACAGCGCCGCAUGCAUUGGCCCAGGCUCAGAAUGGUGCAACACUUCGUGCAGUUCCUGCUGCUCACUUUCGCCUGGUACACGGCCCUUACGCGCAUCUCCGACUACAAGCAUCAUUGCUCCGAUGUUCUGGCAGGAGCCGGCAUUGGUAUUACAUAUGCCAUUAUUGUGACCUCGACAAUGUGGUAGGCAAGACGAUUCUUUUCACGGGGGUUCCAAACCGCCGCUACCCACCGCGCUGGCCUGCGAUCGAUCGCUUUAAGAUGUUUCAUCUACUGGAUAUUCAGUUUUACCUUUGUCUCAAAUAUGACCAUCUCUAGAAUAUAAGCCACAUAUUUAUCUACGAUAUAUGUAUGUCUGAGUGCACGUUUCAACCAUUUUACUUAAUAAAUUUCAGUAUAUGUUUUAACAUUA